CAUCACUGCUGGGCACUGACUGGCGGCACUGACUGGCACAACCCCUGGGCACUGACUGGCGACACUGACUGGCAGCACUGCUGGGCUGCACUGGUGGGUGGCACUGGUGGGCAGCACUGGUGGGUGGGCACAGGUGGGUGGCACUGGUGGGCACAGUUGGGUGGGCACAGGUAGGUGGCACUGCUGGGCACAGGUAGGUGGCACUUCUGGGCACAGGUAGGUGGCACUGCAGAGUGGCACAGGUGGGCGGAGCUAGUGGGCGCACUGCUGGGCACAGGUGGGCGGAACUUGCGGGUGGCACUGCUGG